AGUAAACGGUCCUCUACAGUCGUGUACAACACACGCGUCGUACUCGUCGGUGAGCGGACGGCGAGCAUUUACAAACGCGAUACAAACAAGGCAUUUAAUUAUUAUCACUGACGCGAACACCAAGGUCAUAAUCAAAUGGCGGACGACGGGAUUGGAGUGUUCUUCGAGCACAUCGCGGUUGCCAAAACAAUCGCCAUGCUCGUCCUGGGCUUGGGAUCGUUUGUGUUGGGCAUGUUACCCAUAAAACUGACUUCCAGGAAAUGGUGGCGACCGAACGCGGAAGCACCGCCGCAACCCAGCGGCCAUUCGCACCCCGGUCACUCGGCCACCGAAUCGUCACCAAUCGUGUCGCUGCUGUUGUGUUUCGGCGGUGGCGUGCUGCUGUUCACCACGUUUUUGCACCUGCAGCCCGAGGUCCGAGAGAGCGUCGUCCGACUGCAACGCGCGCGCAGGCUGCCCGACGGCCACGGCACCGAAAACCUGGGCGACCUGAUAUUCUGCGUCGGGUUCUUCUUGGUGUUCAUCAUCGACCAGAUAGUGCACACCGUGCUGGACGGUUUGUACGGCGACGCCGGCCAGGAGAUGCUGCACCGGUCGAUGAGCCUGAGGCGGCGCGACAAUCCGGCGGCCGCGAAACCGUCGGCCACGGUCGCCGUCGCGACGACAGCACGCCCGGACGAGGUGGGCGAGGACCAGUACCGGUCGCUGUCCUGGGAAAUGACGCUGCCGACCAGACAGCAGGGAAACGCCGCGCAGCAGCGACAGCAACCGCGCCGCGAAGUGUGCAACACGGUCGAUCGCCGUCCGUCGGGACCGCGGAAAGCGAACGGAACGGCCGGACAAUCGUUUCGCGGCCUGUUCGCCGUACUAGCCCUGUCGUUUCACGAGGUGUUCGAAGGCCUGGCCAUCGGGUUGGAGGAGCGCGUCGACCACAUGUGGUACCUGUUCUUCGCCGUGGCCACGCACAAGCUCAUCAUUGCCUUCUGCAUCGGCCUGGAACUGGCCUGGCUGGAGACCAAGAAGGCCGUGCUCGUCGCGUACGUGGCCACGUUCGCCGUUGUCACGCCGGUGGGCAUCGCCAUCGGCAUGAUGCUCGUACGCUACGGUAACGGAGGUGCCGUGGACGGCGCGCCCGGACUGGUGGCUGUCGUCCUGCAGGGGCUGGCGGCCGGCACCCUGCUGUACGUCGUGUUCUUCGAGGUGCUCGCUAGAUACAAGCAGUCGGGAUUCUCGCACCUGUCGUCCAUAAUACUCGGGUUCGCCGUUAUGCUGAUGCUGCAGAUGAUGACCCAUCACAGUCAUAGUCACGUGCUAGAUGACAACCACCAUCAGUAUUUGGAUCACGAUCAUGAAUCUCAUGAGCAUACAUUUCAUACACAUGGACACAAACAUGGUCAUUAAAACUUUUAAAUGAUUCAAACUUAAUAUUUUACU